AUGCAGAAAUGGGUAGCCAUAUUUCUGGGGGUACAAGUUGGCAGUUUCCACUUUGGAACACAGAACCUGGCAGAACACCCAGGCCGUGUCAGGGUGACAGCCAUUAAGGCAGCUGUGCUCAUUCAGUCCUGGUACCGCUGUUACAAGGCUCGGUUAGAAUUAAGGAGGCGCCAUGCCUUGACAAUCUUUGAGAGCAUCGAGUAUGCUGAUGAGCAAGAUCAAUUACAGCUUGCCAACUUUUUCACAUUCAUGUUGGAAAACUACACACAGAAAAAGGAGGAAUCUAUGCUAUAUCAGUCCAUAGCUUCUAUAGAAAGUCAAAGACUAGACACAAAAACUGUUCUACGUAUGGUAGAAGUACCAGACUCUUAUGAAGGUCCUCGGCUAAUAUUCCCUCUCACUUAUACUGAUGUCUUACUUCUUAUUAAUGCUUUCAAGGAAAAUCAGAUACUACAUGCCCGAUAUGUGCUAGAGGUAUUAGUAGAAGCCAAGAAGGUCCUGAAACAAUUGCCAAAUAUCACCCAUAUAAUGUCCAUUGAAGCCAAGGAAUUAACAAUUUGUGGUGAUAUACAUGGGAAAUUAGAUGACCUUUUUUUGAUCUUUUACAAGAAUGGUCUGCCCUCAGGGAAUAACAGAUAUGUCUUCAAUGGCGAUUUUGUAGAUAGAGGGGAAAAUUCCAUGGAAGUACUAAUGGUCCUAUUUGCAUUGUUUCUUGUCUUUCCUAAUGACGUGUACUUGAACAGAGGGAACCAUGAGGAUUUUCUAAUGAACCUGAGGUAUGGCUUCACAAAAGAAAUUACAUCAAAAUAUAAGAUAGAAAGCAAAAAAAGAAAGAAACAAAAUGCUGUGAAAUUACAACGACCAAACUUGGCCCAAAGAAGAGCUGAGAAAAGGCACUUUCCUCUCUUCUUGGAAAAGAUGAGAUCAGUCCUAAUGCCACCAUCAACACCAUCAGAAGUUGAAUUAAGAAAUAUCCAGUUCUCUCAAAAUAUUCAAUCAUCAUCGCUGUCUUUGGAUCAAAUGUCAAAGAAUGACUGGGACCAGAUAAUCAAUCUUCUUUGGAGUGAUCCCAGAAACAAAAAGGGCUGUUUCCCAAACACAAGUCGAGGAGGAGGUUGUUAUUUUGGACCUGACAUUACCAACCAGAUACUGAAUAAGUUUGCACUGAAGAUGAUUAUCAGGUCUCAUGAAUGUAAACCGAAUGGUUUUGAAAUCUGCCAUGAUGGAAAGGUUAUCACAUUAUUCUCUGCAUCUAACUAUUAUGAAGAAGGCAGCAAUAGAGGUGCUUACCUCAAACUGAAGAAAGAUCUGAUCCCUCGAUUUUUCCAGUACCAAUGUCACCAAAUGGUUCAAUCAAAAACGCUUCAUGAAAGUGUGGAUAUUGUUGAAAACACUGCCUUCAGGAUAUUAGGAGAGAAGUUGAUUGCCAGGAGUUCUGACCUGAUGGAGGCUUUCAAAAAGUAUGAUGUGAAAAACUCAGGAAAAAUUACUCUCUCUGAAUGGGGAAAGGCUGUAAGUGAAGUUUUAGAAAUGGAUCUGCCAUGGCUAUCAUUGUGCCCUCGCCUGGCCCAAGGAAUUGAAAAUGGAUAUGUUCUUUAUAGGAUGGGUUUUAAGAAACUGCUUGCUAUAAAUGCUCCAAAGGAGGUUAAAUCAGGGAUGUUCCAAACACUGGUAAGAUACAGAUCUGACUUGAAGACCAUAUUUAAUGUCAUCGACAAAGAUAAAUCAGGUCUGAUCUCCCUUCAAGAAUUUCGUGAUAUUUGGAAACUUUUCUGUUCUCACUAUGACAUUAAAAGUGAUGAGGCUUAUGUUGAUCAACUGGCUAAUACCAUGGAUCUCAACCACGAUGGCUUUAUUGACUUUAAUGAAUUUUUAACAGCCUUUGAUGUGGUUCAUAAUAAAUUGGGAGGUGAACGUAGACUUAAGUAG